UUAACCCCUCUCUCUCUCUCACCAGUCGCGGCGGCGCAGGAGCAGCCAUGAACUCGAUCCGAUCGGCCCUCGCGAGGGCGCUCCUCUCCCCGAAGCCCCGCGCGCCGCGGGCCCGCCACUACGCCACUGCCGCCGGCGCGACGCAGCCCGAGAGCGUGGCGGCGGAGAUGGUCCGCUACGCCCUCGGCGGCGCCAGGGCUGGGAGCUCGCCAGAGGAGGCGAUGCGGAUACUGGAACAGGGGGCCUCGAAUCUGCAGGGCGGUGGCGAGGGCUGCGCUGAAGCCGUCGGGAUGCUCAUGCUCGCGAUGUCCACACUGCUCUACCGAAGUGGAAGACGCCAAGAUGCAAAGGAAAGGCUCAAAGCAACCAGCCAAGUUGCUCCUGCAGCUUUCAGAGUUGCAGCAUGGGAAGCAACAAUGGGACUCUACAUGGAAGCAGGCCAGGAUAUCAACACCUCGGUGUCCCCAGAUGAUUUGGUUGACAUAUCAAUCAAGGAUGAUAAUAUCAAAUGGUCAGAUCAGAACUAUCUGAAAUUUCGGGUUAAUGCUAUCAAAGGACUUAUUGCACUUCUAAAUGGAGAAUCAGAAUCAGCCCAGCUGUUCUUUGAUGGAUGCAAGGACCUCUGUGCUGGACUAGGCAAUGAACAAACUGAAAAUGCUGUCCUUUCUUAUGGCGAAUAUCUCCACUGUCUUGGGGAUUUUCCUUCGGCUACACAAAUGUAUGAGAGGGUUCUGGAGGCAUUAAGCACACAAGACAUGUCUGGAAAAUUUUUAUCAGCAUGUAACAUGGUUCCAGAGGAGGUUUCUCUUGGGGCAACCUGUUCAUAUGGCCAGCUCUUAUCACAUUCUGGGAAGUUCAAUGAGGCAGAGGAUUAUCUCACAAGGGCGCUAAACAAGGCUGAAGAGCAAUUUGGUGCAAAUCACCCAAAGGUCGGCAUUGUCUUGACUUGUGUAGCUAGAAUGUACAAACUGAAAGCAAAAUCGGAAGGUUCUAGUUCAAUAAUGGUUCAGGAGGGUCUAUACAGGAAGGCCCUAGAAGUAUUUAAAGCCCCUGCCAUUAACUCUGAGGCUGUCAACAAGCAGAUGGAUUGGAGAGACAUCAUAUCCCUUGCUAGAGGUGAGUAUGCAGCAUUGUUGCUUAUUCAGACAAAUAGAAAGGCGGAAGGUGAACGGAUGAAAGAAUGGGCAGAACAUGCUUGGAGGAACAGAAGAUUAACAUUAGCUCAAGCGCUGGAGUUUUCAGAUUCUUCAAAACCAACUGUUGUUGAUACCCGGAUCGGCAGGGUCAUGUAGCUUCGUUCACAAUUUAACGAGAGAAAUCUUCUGGAAGCAUGGGAUAAAUAAUACGUGGCCAAUAAUUCGAAAAGAAUCAUACGGGCAAGUAGGAUGAAAUUUAGAUUUGAUUUCUAGAUUUGUAUGGUUGAAUACUCACCUCAGAAUGACCUCAAGAACCAAAGUGAUUAAAUAUAUCCAUGAAUGGUUUUGUUUCUAGGAUUAGAGAAUUUCUUUCUCAUCAUAGAAAAGAUACUCGGAGAGUCGGUGUUACCAUAUUUUCUAAUGUAUAAACUUGUCACCGAGUAUCUGGAGUUACCAAAAUUUUACAAUGGAAAUUUGAUGACUCUAGGUAUUUUCUCAAGAA